GAGUUAGGGGUAGAACUCGGUUGGAGAGAGAAAAGAGAGAUUACGUGUGUGUGUGCGGGAGAGAAAGAGAACGGAGAAAAGGUUACGUAAAUGUGAAUCGACUGAAGAAGAAAGAAACAGCCAUUAUCUCUCUUUCUUUCUCUCUCUCUCUCUCUAGCUUCUCUAGCGGUGGCCUACGACUACGAGAUUCGCCCGUCCUCUACCUUUGGGGACUUCCACCCUCAUCAAAGAUCGGAUUCACCAUCGUCUCAAAGCCCGGACAGUUAUGGUGGACACCGACAACAUGCCCGAUUCCUCUCACAACGUGGAGGAUGAAGUUGGGAGAGUGGUUGAGCUGGCCAAAGAGUUGCAUGAUUCUGCUGCAUCUCUAAUCUCCAGAACAGCCAUCGACGAACAGUCUCUCCGCCAACGUGCUCUCUCUCUUGACUCCUCAGUUCGCCGUCUUUGUUCUUUACUCAAUUCCCUUCAAUCCAAGAAGCUUUUGGACUCUAAGCUUGCUGAAAAGCUGGAAGAUGACUUGCAAAGAGCUAAAUGUAUGAUGACUGAUGGAGAGGUUGCAUCGUUUCUCCCUGGGAAGCCGCAAGGGAAGUUCUUGCGGAUGUUUCUGGGACCUAUAAAUGUGCGUGCUUCAAGGAAAGAUGUUCAGUUGAAAGUUAAAGAGGAAUAUAACAGUUACAGGGACAGGACUGCUCUUCUUUUUCUCCUUUUCCCAUCUCUGCUGCUUGUUCUAAGAGGCUGGGUUUGGGAUGGAUGCUUGCCUGCAUUUCCAGUUCAACUGUACCAGGCAUGGCUCUUGUUCCUAUACACAGGAUUGGCAUUGCGUGAAAACAUACUAAGAGUCAAUGGCAGUGACAUUCGCCCUUGGUGGAUAUAUCAUCACUAUUGUGCUAUGCUUAUGGCACUUGUUAGUCUUACGUGGGAGAUCAAAGGACAGCCAAAUUGUGCCCAAAAGCAGAGAGGUGUACAACUCUUUCUACAGUGGGCCAUGAUGCAAGGAGUUGCAAUGCUUUUACAAAAUAGAUAUCAGCGGCAGAGGCUAUAUACUCGGAUUGCUCUUGGAAAGGCUAAGAGAAUGGAUGUCGUUUGGGGAGAAACAGCUGGUGUAGAUGGUCAACUAUGGAUACUGUGUCCUCUACUCUUUAUCUUACAGGGCUUUGAGGCAUAUGUUGGCUUACUUCUCCUCAAGACUGCAUUGGUGGGUGUGGUGCCUGAAUGGCAGGUAUUAUUUUGUGGAUUUCUUUUGGUUCUAAUGGCGGUCGGGAACUUCUCAAAUACAGUUCAAACCUUAAUGGUAAAAUCAAGAUUCAAGGCGAAGAUGAAAAGAAGCAAGAGCAAGCACGAAUUGGCCCAAACCAAUUCUUAAUACGUAGGAUUACUUAAAUUAACAACUUGUAGGAUCUAUUCUUUACCUUUUCAGGUCUUAGAAUAUGUUUUGUCGAAGCUGAUCUGUGAGAAUUGCUCUUCCCCCCUUCUUUACAAUCAUCAUUUUGACUCAAUACACUUUUAUCAUGUAAAGUUGGUCUUGCAUAGGUUCUUCCCUGGAGAAGUUGAUGGAAGUGCUGCUAAGCGCAGGACUCGUGUUCCAGUUACCAUGUAUCAUUCUUCUCUUUUCAAUUGCUUUUCAUUGCAAGCUAGUGAGUGAGAUUUUGAAUCCUAUUGUAAUUUCAGUUCAUCGUAUUUAAUUCUAAUGGAAAACCAAUGGUUUGGACGUUUUCAAUAUCAAAG